GUGUUUGUGUGUCCUGGCAUGUGACGAUGGAGGAGGAGUGGAGGGUAGAGCAGUGAAAGGGGGGGUGAAGUAAAGCAAAGCACAGCUAGGAGCAACAAGGAGAAAGUCGGAGAGGGAUUAUCAGUUAACUAUGCUUAUCUGCAUGGGAUAUGGCAACGAGGAAAAAGUGUCCAAACUGCUUCUCUUUUUCCUGGAUCUCAGUGGUUUGUCAGCUCGCGGUUUCUCCAACACGAAGGCCUGAAUCAUUCUAAAGUUUAUAACGUGAGCAGUCUGACGUUAGCUCCUGCUGCUAGCUUACUCCUGCUGGUGACUUCAGACAACUUGUCAACAGCAGAUCGAUCCGGGGAUCAGGUUCGGGACUGUGUUUAUGUAGCCUGCUGUAGCAGUUAAUCGUAGCGAAACGUCUCCUGGUCCAGCAGCAGCAGUAUUGAGACAGUGGAGUUAUGAUGGCAACGUGACAGGAGGGGAGUCGCUGAGUCAGCUUCAACAGCAACCAUGGAAGAGUUUCGGAAAACUGCAGCGGAGCAGAAAGACCGCGUGAACGGCUACUCUGAACCUAAAUCCCCCCGGGACGCGGCUGAUGUUAGGUGGACGCCACCAGAGGGAGAGUCUAGAGGUUCUGACAGCUGUGGGGGGACAAGUGUGUCGGAGCUCACAGACCUGCAAGAGUUGAAGGGCAGGGAAAGUGAGGAUGAGGAGGACAAGGAGGAGGCAGAGAGAGCCCCUGCCUCGAAAGGUCUGAAAGAGGACCAGAAGAAAAAAGAGAAAGAAAGUCCGGAUCGGGAUGAGAACAAUCACAGCAAGAAAAACAGCAGUGCAGCAUCCAGCUACACGGACCUGUCCCACACCUCCUCACCCUCGCUGUCAGAACAGCUGCGUCUUGGCCGUGAAGACAGUACGGGGUCUGGGAUCAGCGUGGAAUGUAAGGUCUGUGGAGACAAGGCCUCUGGUUUCCACUAUGGAGUGCAUGCCUGCGAGGGUUGCAAGGGCUUCUUCCGGCGAACUGUGCGGAUGAAACUCGAAUAUGAUCGCUGCGAGCGGUCCUGCAAGAUUCAGAAGAAGAAUCGAAACAAGUGCCAAUAUUGUCGCUUCCAGAAGUGCCUGUCAUUGGGAAUGUCCCAUGAUGCAAUUCGAUAUGGACGUAUGCCUGAGGCGGAGAGGAAGAAACUGGUUGCAGGCCUCCUCGCAGAAGAAUUGAACCACGGCGGAAAACCAGGGGCCUCAGACCUGAAGACCUUGGCUAAACAAGUCAACACAGCCUACUUGAAGAACCUCAGUAUGACCAAGAAGAGGGCCCGCAGCAUCCUGAUGGGUAAAACCAGCAGCACCUCGCCAUUUGUGAUCUACGAUGUGGACACACUCUGGAAGGCAGAAAGUGGUUUGGUAUGGAGCCAGUUAGUCCCAGGUGCACCCCUGACCAAGGAGAUCGGGGUCCAUGUGUUCUACCGCUGCCAAUGCACAACAGUGGAGACUGUGCGAGAGCUCACAGAGUUUGCCAAGUGCAUUCCGGGGUUUGUGGACCUCUUCCUCAACGACCAGGUGACUCUGCUCAAGUAUGGUGUGCACGAGGCCAUUUUUGCUAUGCUGCCCUCUCUAAUGAACAAAGAUGGGUUGUUGGUAGCUAACGGUAAAGGCUUUGUGACCAGGGAGUUCCUGCGCAGUUUAAGAAAACCUUUCAGUGAGAUCAUGGAGCCCAAGUUUGAGUUUGCUGUCAAGUUUAAUGCCCUGGAGUUGGAUGACAGCGACCUGGCUUUGUUUGUCGCUGCCAUUAUCCUCUGUGGAGAUCGUCCUGGGCUAAUUAACGUGAAACAGGUGGAACAGAGUCAGGACAGCAUCCUCCAGGCCCUAGACCUCCAUCUACAAGCAAACCACUCUGACUCAGUCUACCUCUUCCCCAAGCUGCUGCAGAAGAUGGCCGACCUCCGUCAGCUGGUUACAGAGAACGUUCACCUUGUCCAAAAGAUCAAAAAGACUGAGUCAGAGACCUCACUUCACCCUCUACUACAGGAAAUCUACAAAGACAUGUAUUAGUAUUCAUCAGCACAGACUGCAUUUAGCAAUACUGUUACAAACUGAAUUGACAUUUGUAAUAAUACACUGCAUUCAAUUCAAGCACUGUUCCACACACAGUACGGGCAUGGAUUUUAACAAGUACAGAGGAGGCAAACUCACGUGGUAGGGCUAAAACAAUCAGCAAAGUCUUCUCAAUGUCAGCAUUACCCUCAGCACAGCAGUAUGUGUGUGUUUGUGUGUGUGUAAGAGAGAGAGAGAGAGAGAGAUGAGCAUCUGGAAUCAUUUGCUGCAAGUCCUAGUUUCCCACAACGGUCACUUAACAGAAAGAGUGGUAUGUUUUUUUUUCUCCAAGGCUGCUCCUAUUACAUCUUAAUAGCAAAGCUGACCCCAGAGCAGUGUCAAGAGAGAGCUUCUCCUCAUUCACCUCGGCUCUGUGUUUCCAGUGAAGGGAAGGCAUUUCACAUUCUGACACCAACGGCAGAGUUGAUUUAGAAACAAGUUUCAAUUUAUACUGUGCAAGAGUUUCAUAAUGCCUUCGGUAUAGAGUGAUUGUUUUCAGACUUUUGGUAAAGCUGAAGAUGCACAAAAUUGUUUUUGUUUACAUCAUCAUUAUUAUCAUGAUCACGAUCAUCAUAAUCAUCAUCAUCACCAUCAUCGUUAUCAAUGACCGCUACUUUGCCAUCUGGUUUCUAGCACACAAACUGGGCUGGCUCCAGCAGUGUAGAGCUCUCUCGAAGCAGCUGUCUGUGCAAUACGCUUCUUUCCAUUUGUCAGUAAAUGUGGAGAUCAAAGUUACAUAGGUUCUGUCUUAAAGCCAUAUACCUAAGUGGUGACUUAAUAUGGGCUAUGCUGCACAAAUUUUGUUUCUGAAGCUGACACUAUAAACACAUGACCCAGUGAAGUACAAGGGACCGCAUGUUUGUUUCUUCUUUAUGUUGACAUGCAAAUGAUCAUAAACUUGCCAUUUUACAGUUUUUCUUAGUUUAUUUGUAAUUAUGUUACUAAUUAUUUGUAAUUGUUGAUCAUAUUUGUUAGGACAAAACACAAAUUAUCAUCUUGUUUUAUGUAUCAAGUAUACCUGUUUCUUUUGUAUUACAUGCCUACCUAUUUAGUUUAGGUUGUACCAAAUAUAUCAUCAAGUAUACCAACAAACUUUUCCCUGAGAAGGAAUUUUGGUUGUGCACCUUAGCAGGAUUAACAUAAAACCAGCAUUCUGUACCACAAUGUCAUUAUCAGAAAAAUUGAUGAUUGGAAAUUACCGUAUAACAUCUGGUAUCAUACAUCUUUUCUGUAUUUACCCAAGAUACAACAGUCCCAUGUUCAUACCCUCUCUGUGUGCAGUCUGAGAGGAACAACAUGUAACAGCCUUACUAUUCUGUUUUUCUGCCCUCUGUAGUAAUUCUGUUUUUUCACUGUACUUAUUCUGGAUGGACUUCAGUAUGUCAGCACUGGUGCACACAGUCCUCUCCUCUUGUGCUCUUAUUCUGUCUUGAUCCCUAUCUACCUCUAAUGUAUGAUCUCUGACAUUAUUCCACUGUCCCAUCUUAUCUGACUGUUUAUUUGCCUUAAUUCCUGCUAUUGGUGCAAAUUUGAUAUUAUUGACUGACGUGCAGUGUGCCAAGAUAGCAAACAGUGUGGAUGGAUAAAACAAGAAAGUUCACCAAAAAGCUGUUGAUGUAAGCUACCUCUAUGCCUGUGUAACUGAUGGAUUGACAUUUUUUUCACAGAACAUGUUACGACUUGAAUUAAUUGCAUCCUUUUAGUCACCUGUAACCAAUAUGCAGAUCUAGUUUAGUCACAUCUCACUUAUAAACUUUGUUAGAAACAUUAA